CUCUCCUGUUCAUAGAAUGCUCAGUCAAUGUAACAGCUUUAAAGAAGUAAUUGACCCAUUUUUUCUCAGCACAAUUUCUGUCAAGUCGAGGCUAAAGAGUUAUUUUAUCACAUCUUACCAUUGAUCGCGGUAUUCUGACUUUCGGCCCACAUGGAUGAUGUAUACUGUUGUGGUGGUUUUUGCUUUUUUUUUAAGGUACUUCUAUUUUUUUUUAAUCUAAAUUGUGACCAUUUUUUGGGUAUUUAAUUACCUGUAUGUGUCCUGAUUAACAACAAUAAACAAUAAACAAUGGCAUCCACAAGCAGACGUACCUGUGUAAAUCAUCCCGAUGUUUUUUGUUAUGUGUGUGGUGAAUACACUUUGAAAGAGAGCAAAAAAACGAUUUCUGACUUUGUGAAAAGAGCUUAUCUUGCCUAUUUUGGCGUGCAUUUAGGAGAUCAAGAUAAAUCUUGGGCCCCACAUUUCAUAUGUAAAACAUGUGUUGAACAUUUGCGACAGUGGACAGAAGAUGAUACAGAAACAUCAACGUCUGACGAAGUUAAAAGAAUUCAAUCAGAAAACGACAGCGAUUUUGAAGCAGAUUUAGCAACUCCGCAGUGUUUCAAUCAAGAAGAACUAAACGAUCUUAUAAGAGACCUGAAUCUCUCAAAGGAAUCCGCUUAA